UGCUUAGUGCAGUGAUAGUAGUGUGCCACAAAAUCUACCCUCGUUUUUUUAAUUCAAGUGUAGUGAGAGAAAGAAAGAGAGGGAAACUAAAAUGGAGCGGUCCUCACGUGUGUUUUCAGUUGUUCUUCUCAUGCUUGUGCUUGUGAUUUCCACAGAUAUUGGUGCAAAGGUGGCAGAAGCAAGAUACUGCGAGUCAGCAAGUUACAGGUUCAGGGGACUGUGUGUUAGCAGGAGAAACUGUGCUAAUAUUUGCAAAACUGAGGGUUUUCCCGGUGGCCGUUGCCGUGGCUUCCGCCGCCGUUGUUUCUGUUACAAACCUUGCGCCUAAUAAGUAUCGAUCGUGCUCCGGUCCGAUCCGAUCUGAUCUGGUUUCUUUGAGUGCUAGCUAGUUAGCUAUAACUCAUGACAUUGAAGUACUUUGUGUUUAUGCAAUGUGUUCUAAUUGUUGUUUUGAGCAACAUGUAUGAGCUAGUAAUGUUGUUCUUUGUGUGUCAUCUUUUAUAAGAUGCGUAUGUUGUUACCUUCCUAAGCUAAUGUUUCUACAGAGUAAUUAAUAUUACAUCUGUUUUUUUUUUUUGUUUA